CCCUAGUAUUAUUAGGAAAUCUAGAGACAGAGUGAAAUCAGGCUUCGCUACUUGGCAACACUUUUGAACUAACCGUUUCAAAAAAACAGUUCGUGAGAGAAGUAUUCUCGACAAUCUCGACAAUUCUCGAAACGAGAUGAAUUGCAACUCUAAAAAUAAAGUUCUCUUUGAACACUUCUGGCAAAAUAAGUGUAUAUUAAGAAUAUUAUUAAAAUUAUGACCCAUAACGAAGAAUAGGAGAUUACGAUAGAAGAAAACGAGAUGAUUAUGAUCGCAAAUUGCAUGAUUUAAAUGAUCGUUAGUGACUCAAAGGACUGUCAUUAUCAUUUGUUAUACGAUUAUAAUCGUGAUGUCGUAUGACAAUCCUCAUUUAUAGCAAACGAUACAAUAGAUACUUCGUUAUGUUGCACGAUGUCAACAAUGAGGACGUGAGGUUACGUUUCCUAACCGUCACAGCGAUGUGAUUUCUAGUUGGUUUAGUUAUUAAUAAUCAAAUCGUACGAAUUUCACGUGGACCAUUCUUUUGAAUCGUAUAAAUUUCGCGAAGAUGAGCACGGACGUAGAAUACAAUGUCGCCGCGAGGUACCGGACGGUCAGAAAACACUUGGAUAACCUCGGAUACAAGCAGGCGCUGUCAUUAGAUGCUCUACCACUGAUAGAGGCCCUGUUGACCGAUCUCAUUCAAACGACAGACAGCCUCAAGCAUUUUAAAGCUGUUGCUCAGGAGAAUGUUGAGGCACACAGCCAGCUUCAAUUGGCAGUAGAUCCUUACAAAUGCGAUAAUGCGAGAUUGGUGCGAGAAUGCAAUCAACUUCAUUCGGAUCUGAUAGAAACUAAAGAGGCGCAUCAGAAACAGGUCAAGGAUCUUAAAAGGCAGAUAUAUAAGUUAGAAUGUGAAUGCAACGAUUUGCAAUUGGCAUCUUCACGCAACAUACAUAAGAUAAAAGAGCUAGAGGCAGAAUCAGCUGCCAAGUCUAGGAAGAUAUUGGAGCUUCAGGGUAAAUGUCUAAAGCCGACUAUCAUUAAUGCUGGUCUUGCUGCUAAGAAACGUCCUUGCUUUCCUCUUCGAAGACCAGUCUUGGAGGCUGAGCCGAUGCCAAGAACAAAGAGUAAUGUUUCACUACCGAAAUUAAGCAGCGUGGAACCUAAGAUAGUAGAUAUAAUAAGCAUGUCAGAUCAUAAAAUAAAUUGCUUGAGUCAGGAACUAACAAAAUUACGAGGAGAGUUAUUAUUGCAAACCGAUACCCUAGAGACCCUCGAGAAACAGUUGAUCACAAAGGAAAAGGAAAUAAUUCGACUGAGAAAAAUGUUGGAAGGUGGUCGUUCCUAUGCUGCAGUUAACAAGGACUGCAUUUGCAAAAAAAUGGAAAAAAAACCUAGUACUAUUCAAGAUGUUACAGAGAUUAGUGAAGUAAGAAUUCUUCAGCAGGCCAAACUAGAGCUAGAACAGCAAUUAAAAGAAUCUCUAAAUAAACAACAUGAUGCUAUGUCUCAGGCAAUGAAACUAGCAACACGAAAUGAAGAACUAGAGAAAGAAUUAAGAGAUAUAGAUCACGUUGCAUUAGCUGUAGAGGCUGACUGCAAUUCUGCAGUUAAAGAGAACAACAGAAGAGUUUGUAAGCUUCAGGAAAAGUUAGAAGACGUCAUGAUGCAAGUACAUGUCUUAGAACGCGAGUUAACUGUAGAACGUAGAGAGGUACAAGAGUUGAGAGCAGAUUUAGAAGCAUGUAAACUUGAAAAACGUAAUAUGCAGCGUACUUUGGAAUCUGCAUUGGACGAAAAGAAACAAAUGUCUGAGAAGAUCAAUCAACUAAUAGUCAUUGGAUCCAAAAAUAAUAAAAAUGAGAAGUAUGAUGAAGAUCAAACAGCGGUUAAAAAUGGAGAAAUUGUAAAAGGUACAAGUUACUUUGAAAUGCAAAAAUGCAUCGAUGAAGCAGAUUUAAAAAUUACGUCUCUGCAACAGACAAUUCAGCGAUUGGAGAUAGAACGAGAUCACUAUAGAAAGGAAUACAUUAAUUGUCGGGACGAGCAACGUAGAGCAUCUGACAAAGAUAACGCUGAUUUGUGGGGCCGAAUUUAUGAAUUAAAACGCGAGUUAAGUGAUAAGGAACAAGCUUUAAGUAAAGCACAUCGAGAGAAAGAAGAACUAUAUCAUGAGAAGGAAGAUCUGGAAACACGAUUGCAAACUUAUAAGAGCCAACAGAGGCAAAUAUGUAUUCCUUGCAGACCUUGCAACCUGUGUAACUCUGUCCGUACUUGUACCUGUACUACUGACUCGCCAAUAUCCUCUGGAGACAUUAGUACAACAAAGACAAUACUCGAGCGUUUAGAACGAGAACGGGAUACAGCCAGAGCAGAUGUCGAGCGACUAAUAGAAGAACGCGAUGCAUUACGGGAGAGACUUAAGAAAAUUUCGGAUACGCACAUAUACGAACAACUUCGCCUUAAAGAAAGUUUAGUCGAGACGGAGAAUCAUUUAAAACAUAUAGAAAAAGAACGACAAGAUCUGUUGGUCAAUCAGGGCACGAGAAGAGCGGCGAUAAGCGACCUCGAGGAACAGUUGGGUGAUGUGCAAGAGGAACUACGUCGUACAAAACAGGAAUUAAUGGCGCAACGGACACAAUAUUUUCAACUACGAACGUUACAAGAUCAAACGGAUCAGGCUUUGGGAGACGCGCAAAGUCAUCUGUCGCAGACGGAAUCGGAAUUGAACAAGGCUUUGGAUCGCAACAAAAGUAUGGAGCAGCAACAAACGCAGUUGAACGAUCAAAUCAAGGAGCUGAAGCAAGAAAUAAAUACUUUGCGCUCUAGCAUGACGCUCUUGGAUCAAGAGAAAGAUCGGCUAUUGAUGGCACUGGACGAAAAGACGGAAAAGAUUGCUGCAUUGGAACGAGAAUUGGUGCACAAGGACCAACAAACUGAUGGAGUACAACAACAAAUCCGCGAUUUACAGCAUAAAAAUGAAAUGUGCAUCGAUCAGAGCGCGGAACAAGAACGUCAACUGAGAUCGAUGCAGCUGGAGAUGGAAACGGUGAGGCGGCAAUUCGAGGCCGCGUCGGUGGACCGCGAAAACGCGAUCCAGGAGAACCGGAAGGUGCAAGACGACCUGGCAGCGGCGACCUGCGAAGUACGGAAUAUGCAGCGUGAGCUGGAGAUCUCGCGCGCAGAGUGCUACGACCUGAAGCGGCAACUGCAGACCUAUGUCAGCGAAGUUCGCCGCGCUGAAGAGCUCCUAAAUCGGAAGGAAAAUGAGAGAACGGAAAUGCUGAACCACUUCCGAAGUCUCAGUCUAGAGGCAACGGUGCUGGAAAACAAUAAUCACAGCUUGGAAUCCGAGGCAGCGGAGGCCAGAGGUGCUCUUCAAACCGCGAACCAUCAGAUACUCGAUCUGGAGCGUCAAUUAGCGGACAGAGACUGUCUGAUAAAGGGUUACGAAACUCAGAUAAGCAAUCUAACACAAAGCGUUGCUAGCUUGGAGACGCAACUGCGACAAGAGAUGGAACAGCGACAUCAAGCCGAGGUCGAUCUAAUGGCGGUUAGGGAUCUAUGCGUGAAAUUGGAUCAACAAAAGGAUACGCUUGUGGAGCAGCUCGGUGACAAGGACACCGCGAAAGUGCAUUAUGAGGCGCAAUUGUCAAGACUAAAAACUGAACAGAGCAUUAUUCAGGAACAAAUUACUAGAGAUCGCGUGACUGUAGAACGACUGGAGACUCUUCUAGACCAGGCAAGACAGGAAUCCAUUAACGCGCAGGCUACCAAUCAAGAGUUGCAAAAUGAGAUCUCCAGAUUGAAGCAGAAGGUCUCUGAACUUCAGAGUAAACUUUCGUCAGAAUCUGCGGAACUCAGGCAAUAUCAGAAUCAAGCGGCGGAAUAUAGCAAACAGAUCAGCGAGCUCCGUAGGCAAGUAACCAACGAGAGGUUUGAUCGCGCUAGAAAAGAAGAAGAGAGUCGCAGGUCACUAAAUUCAUCUCCGGACAGUUUCAAUGUAGAUUUAAAUGUAGUAAUAUAAAACAACUAUGCAAGAUGUCUCCUGAUUUAUAAAUACGUGGAAGAAAAUAAGGAUAACAUUGAUAAAACCACUACGAAACACGUGAAUUGUUUUAAUAUGUCAAGCAAUGUCUUACAGUAUAAUUAUAUAUUGAAAAAUAGAUUUUCGUAUGCUCGCAGAUGGUCGUGCUAAUAUAUACAUGUAUGCAAUGUGUGUGUGUGUGUGUGUACGUAUUAUAUUCAUAUAGUUCUUCACUAUAUAAAAUAGAUCAAGCACAAAAUUAAUAAAUAAUGUCCCGAGAGAUCAAG